AUGGCGCCCACAAGGAAGCGAAAGCACGAUGCGAGCGAUAGUCAACAAACCAGUAAACAUGCAUCGACACCAAGUAUAGCCGACUUUGGCACCGUCAGCAAAUCAUCCGUACCUGUGUCAAGUUCGAAGAAGCUCAAGACGUCACAAAACCCCGGUGGACUGUCAAUACUGAGCGAGCCGGCCACUACAGCAUCAACGAAAUGCGCGAAACGCAAGCGAAGCAGCGAGCCUGCCGCCGAUGGUCUUCUGGUGUCCCAAGUCACGGACGUGUCCUCAGAAGGUAUUUCCAAGCAAUUUGCGAUGUCACCAGGUUCACCUAGAACCAAAAGAGCCAAGAAGAUUUUCCCACCAUCGCCAGCGGAAACCCCAAGCAAGAAAGCUGCAGCACUGUUCGACAAACUGAAGAUCCAGCCCAUAUCAUUCUCCCUUGGCCACGAUUCGGCGGGCAUUGAUACACCUCCUGAUACACCAGAAGAGCAAAAGCUAGUGCACCAGCAGGACUGGCCCGCGGAGUUGCAGGACCUGUGCGACUUACAUGCUGCAUUCUUGACAGCGCUAUCACUAUACUAUGCGCAUAACGGUACUUCCUCUCCCGUUGGUGUCAGGAGCUUGCUCGACAUGAUCUCAAAGAAUUGGAAGAAGCGGUCUGUGAAUCUCUUGGACAUGCAGCGCCUGCUUGCUAUCGGGCAUGCUGGGCGAGCCGAGUUCACCCUGGAGGACUAUAGCAGAGCUGGAAUCUGCAUGAACCGAGCACAAGCUCGAGGGCGCGGGCUGCAGCGAGCUGCUAGUUAUGUCGAUGAGGAUGAUCUGAAUAUGCGAUUCCAAGAAGCUCUGCAGGCAGCAUGGCACAGGCGGCAUCAAGUAGCCGAGAAGGAAGAUGACAGUCCAAGCACUUUUCUCGCACAGCUUCCCAUCAUCGAGAUAGUUGCAAACGGUUCGGUGGAGAAUGCCUCGUCAUUGUUCGCUCGGGGUCAGCAGCGACUGGCAGACAUCAAAGCAGCACAGGCAGGCGCGAACGCGACAUCCGAGUCACAAACCGGCAGCAUUAUGGCUGAGCACAGGACGACAAAGGCAGUGCAAAGUCGAGGGACGAGCUUACUGGAUCGUGUACUAGCAAGGCAAGCGUCAACAGCCUCCAUGCCAGCGGGACCCACCAAAGCACAACUAGAGCGCAAGGCUGCUCUUCACAGAAUCGAGGAUAUCGCACGAGCGCUGAGCCUGCUGGUGAGCGUGAAGCCAAGAGCGACCGUGAGUAUGCAUGCCGCGGUUCAGCAGCUGCAGCAGAGCUUGCGCAACCCGAUUAGCAGGGAGGAAGUUGAGCGGUGCCUUGAGCUCAUGACGAAGGAGAUCACGCCGGGCUUUGUCAAUGUGAUUACCACGGGAUCAGUGAAGGGGGUUGUUGUGAUAAGGGCGGCGAGGCUUGAUGUUGCAGAGAUUCGGGUGAGGGUGGCGCAGGCUGUCGCAUGA